UUAUCGCAAGUCCUAAUCUACAAUUAGAGCUCAACCAAAGGCUGACGUGACACUGCUCGCUUAUUCUUUACCUGCUGUCGUUGAAAUAUCCUGGAAUUUGUGCACUAUAGUAUUACUUAGAUAAGCUUGUCCUCAUACUUCUUUUGAGGCAGCGGCAAAGAUAUUUCAGGACCCUCGGCAGCUGCCCUUUGCUCCGCUAGACACUUGACAGGAGCUCACGACGAUGGGUGGUGAAAAGCUUCUAGACCAGAUCUUUAACCUUAAGUUUACAGCAAAGCAGCUCGCACGGUCGGCGGUAAAAUGCGAGAAAGAGGAGAAGGCGGAGAAGCUGAAGGUCAAGAAGGCCAUCGAGAAGGGUAACAUGGAGGGCGCCAAGAUUUACGCGCAGAAUGCCAUCCGCAAGAAGAACGAGCAGCUCAACUACAUGAAGCUGGCCAGCCGGCUGGACGCCACCGUCAGUCGGCUGGAGACGCAAGCCAAGAUGGCCAUGGUUCAGAAGAACAUGGCGGGCAUCGUGAAGAGCCUGGAGAAGGCCAUGGCCAGCAACAACCUGGAGACCAUCGCAAACACCAUGACGCAGUUCGAGAAGCAGUUUGAGAACCUGGACCUGCAGACGCAGGUGGUGGACGACGUGAUGGGCGCGCAGGCGGCGCUGUCCACCCCCGAGGAGGAGGUGUCGGCGCUGGUGGCGGCGGUGGCGGAGGAGCACGGGUUGGAGCUGGCGCAGGGG